AUGGCUCGCAAAUUCAUUCCUUGGGUCUAUGACCUGGUACUAUGGACGUUGUCCCUCCUUAUCGACUUCUUCUUUCGCGAAGUCAAGACACGAGGAUCCUACAAAGUGCCACGUCGAGAUCCAAUCAUCUUUGUUGCGGCACCACACGCUAACCAGUUUGUGGACCCACUGCUGUUGAUGCGUCAAGUCAGGCUUGAAGCUGGUCGCCGUAUCUCGUUCUUGAUUGCGGAAAAAUCAAUGCGUCGGAAAUUUAUCGGCUCUGUAGCAUCUGCCGUCGGUGGUAUAUCAGUCAGCCGUGCACAAGAUUUGCAGGUGAAGGGAGACGGCGUUGUGCUGCUCGAGGAUCGCCGCGAACCUUUGCGUUUAACGGGUAUUGGGACCAAGUUCCUGAGCGCUGCGAAGCCGGGAAGCCUCAUUGUGCUACCCGGGGAAACGACUGGCUCGGCCGAAGUCGCUUCUGUAGAGAGCGAUACGAGCUUGACAUUGAAAAGAGAGUUCAAGGGUCUCAAGGCACUCGAAUUACUCUCUGCCGAACGAGGUACAGCAUACAAGCUCGCGCCGAAGGUAGACCAGAGCGAAGUCUACACGCAAGUCUUCAACCGGCUGGAUCAAGGCGGGUGUGUCGGUAUUUUUCCUGAAGGCGGAUCGCAUGAUCGCACAGAACUUCUGCCCCUGAAGGCUGGUGUGGCUAUCAUGGCACUUGGAGCACUGAUCAAGAAUCCAGACUGCAAUCUCAAGAUUGUUCCUUGUGGCAUGAACUACUUUCAUGCACAUCGCUUCCGCUCUCGAGCUGUCAUUGAGUUCGGUACUCCGCUUGAGGUUCCGAAAGAAUUAGUCGAAAUGUACAAGAAGAGCGACACCAAACGUGAGGCCACAAAGCUUUUGCUCGACAUGAUUUACGAUGCACUAGCUAGUGUCACGGUGCAGACGGCCGAUUACGAAACUCUCAUGGUUAUUCAAGCGGCAAGACGACUCUACAAGCCUGCCCACAAAAAGCUACCGCUGCAGAGCAUCGUCGAGCUCAACAGACGUUUCAUCACUGCUUACAACCACUUUCGCGAUGACCCGCGUAUUGUGAAGCUGAGGCAAGACGUGAUGCAGUACAACAGGGAUCUUUACUCGAUGGGCAUUCGAGAUCAUCAAUUGACCAACCUCAAAUUGAAUCGAUUCACUGUGCUGGCAAAGCUUAUUUACCGCUCACUCAAGCUUCUUGUCCUGGCUCUUGGUAGUCUACCAGGCGUACUGCUCUUUGGUCCAGUCUUUGUCGCUACCAAGCUGGUCGCACUCAAAAAGGCUAGGGAGGCGCUUGCAGGAAGUAGUGUCAAGAUUCAAGCACGAGAUGUGCUGGCAACAUGGAAGCUUCUCGUUGCCAUGGUCUUUACUCCGCUUCUCUACACGUUCUACGCUGUUCUUGGUACAUGGAUCGUUUUUCGCUAUCAGCUCGGUCCUGAUUACGUUCGCCAGACUUGGGCACUUUGGACUAUCCCGGCCAUGACACUUGUCUUGUUGCCGAUGGUUACUUAUUCUGCGCUUCGAUUCGGCGAAAUUGGUAUGGAUAUAUACAAGUCGCUAACGCCACUUCUUCUUGCCGUGACCAACGUCGACAUUCUGGAUGAGCUACAGGACAGGCGCGAGGCGCUCUCUGAGGAACUUGUCUACUUGAUCAACACCCUAGGACCAGAGAUCUUUCCCGACUUCGACUCCACACGCAUUGUUGCUCUGCCUGAUCAUAUGAUUGAGCCGCCAUCGCCCACGUACCGGCGCCGACCGUCGAGUGCUCAUGGAGGAUUGGAGUUCCCGACACUGAACACGGGUGGGACCCCCUCGUCUGGGACCAAUACACCAGGCAUUGACAAAUCUCUGUCAUCGCCUGAUGGACACUACUCCCAUCUGCUCUCGAACCCAUUCUUUUCUACUGCACCACCAUCUCGCAGGUCUCACUCACGGCGACAGUCCGUCAAUGGCGGCCUCUCGUCAGUACAGAUGUCAAGCCUAGCAAAUGAUGAGGGAAGUCCAGACUUCAAUGCUGUCUCAGCCAAAAUUCGCGAGACCAUGACAGAGCGAUCUCAACGUCGAAGGAGCGAUCGAUCAACGACGCGCUCAUCCAGUCUUUAUGCACAAGAAAAUGCCAGUGAAGAUCAAAAGCUGACAGCUGCAGGGGAUGGCUCGUCAGAUCUUCGUGACUGCUUGAUUCCAUCUACAAUCAGGGGUCUGUUACUGGACGACGCCUGCAAGUGCGCUCAGCCUUCGACGAGCCAAGUACUUCUGGCUCUUGAUGAUGGCGCAGCAGACACCUCGCAAGAGCUGCUCGUCAAGACGGUUGACUUGUCCAUCCAGUGCAUCUCAUACCUCCGUGGCAUCUUCGAUGAAGACAUGUUUUUCGACGAUCACCUCAAUCUUGCAUCCGGACAUGCCAGCAAAUCUGCAGCAGCCGGUCCACGAAACGGAGAGGCGAAUCAGCAGCGCAUCAUGAGACUGAAACGCCAGCGAUCGCGCGCAGCAGACGAUUUGCUUGAUUGUGUGGAGUAUGGCGUUAAAGAUGCUCUGCAGAAAGGUCAUCUUGCUGCUCUGAUGUUCAACAUCUCUCUUAAGACAUCGGAUCACACCCAGCUCUACGAAAGUUAUACUUUUCGAUUCUGGUACAAAAAAGAGAAGCAGGUUGUAGGCAUGUCGCUACACUCGUCCUCGACAGGGAGCAUCUCUGGGAGUACCGUUCAGGGAAGUGCUGCAGUGCUACAACAGCUAUGUCGUCAACUGAUCCUGACAACGCAGUCUCUUGAGCCAAUGCCAGAUGAUCUUGAGCGCACAUUGUCAUUCAAGCUCUUCUUCAACGAGAGUACGCCAAGAAGCUACCAACCGCCCGGAUUUCGUACUGCGAGUUCUAGCGAACACGCACGCAUGGUCACAGCGUCGAGAGAUCACGCGCCGCUUGAUCAGCUCGUUGGAUUAGCUGAUCUUCGUCAUCAUCGGUGCUGCAUUCACUUAACGACCUUAUCCGAUCUUCCGAAUUCCAGUAAACCGGUUUCGCCGAGCAUUGGCCAAGUUUGGGAUGCAGAGAUUCACGCACAAGCCCCCAGUGUUAUGGGAAACUCUCACUCCGACAAUGACAUAAACCUGCCUCAAUUCGGAGAUCUCUCGGUCCAAGACCAAGAUGUCAAUCCGAAGCGUGUGGCAACAUCCGAUGAUGAGCAAUUGAGAUUCGAGAAUCUCUUACGAGCAUCGCCAGAUGACAUCGUCGAACCAACACAACCAGUGGAAUCGGUCUUGCCCCAGUAUAAUCGAAUUUCUCGCAAUACCCAAGUCGGAAAGUUACGAGCACAAGGCAGCUCAGCACGACGGUCAAGACACACAAAGUCAGAGAUUGAUUGUGCUUGUGGUGACAAUCAAGAAGAUGGAGCUAUGGUGCAAUGCUACGAAUGCAAAUCCUGGGCGCAUCUCCCAUGCUACGGAUAUCUACGAGAUCCGCCCGAGGAGUAUCAACACAUCUGCUACGAGUGCGCAUUUGAUGACAAACCAGUGGUUUUGCUGCGCAUGCAAGACUUGGCCCUCUACCGCCAUGUUCUUUGGAAUUUAUGGGACGGUUGUGCGACAUUUCCCAGCACAAGAGCUUUCGCUGCUUUCUUCCAAUGUGACCUGCAAACCGCACACAGUCUGGUUAGGAAGUUGCAUACGGACAAUUGGCUUGAGCCAGGUAAUGGUCCUGCUCAAGCGAAGAACUUCAAGCGACGCACCUCAAAGGAAAAGCAGAUGCAACCCAAGUUUACUGUCGUCAAAACAAUCAGCAAUGAACGGAGGCUUGGAAAACUGUUCGAUCCGCAAUUCGGCAUUGAAGACAACUCGCCUGCCCGCCUGAGCGAAAUAAGAGUCAGAGACAAAAGUGCAUCAUGUUCAUCAGCAGUAAGUGAGCCCGAACAAUCCAAAUCGACGGUCAAGCGACAACCGGCCGGCACAGAUGGGCGAGUUGGAGGCUCCAAACGACGAUGUAUCGGCGAUCAGAUGGUUUGA